CCCCCUGGCAUCUGUAAUACUACUCCUGGAAAGUGGGGAGUGCAAAACAUGCUUAUGAAACCAGUGGGACUUGAAAAAAACAAUGCAUGCAUAGAAUUAGGCUGUGUUUUUUGUUUGUUUUUAAUAUUAUCCUCCUGGUGAUACAAAUAUUGAACACCUGAGUCCUCCUUGGGUAAAGAACCUGAGUUCAGGAAUGCAAACACUAGCCAGCCAUGUAUUUAUAGAGCACGUGGAGUGGGCUGAAGUCAAGUCCUUCUUGUAUAGAGUCCAUAGAAACAACCUUGGGAGUCUGUGAUCUCUAUUGCAAGCUGAAAGCAAGUAGACAGAGUCAAAAUGACUUCCCUGCUGCAGGAGAAACUCUAUGAAGCUCACACUCAGGCACCUCCUCCCAGUAAAGACUUCCAUCACUUGACCAUCACAAAAAAUGAGGUUAUCUGGCAGUCCUGGAGGAUUACAUUUCGACCAGAUCGAGAAAGGAUUUGCCCAAGAGAAGUGAAGAAACCCCAUAAAGAUUUUCUCUUGGAUGAACCAUUACACAAACAAAUGCAAGGUGUCUUUGGGAAGAAAACGCUAGACUACAUUCUCAGCUUAUGUCAAGGACACUAUGACUUCCUCCAUCGAAUUCCUGACCAUUUGAUCAUACACAUCCUAUCAUUUCUUAAUACAGAGGAUAUAAGGCAAUUGUCACAAACAUGUAAAAGGUUUCGGCAGCUAUGCAAUACUGAAGAAUUUUGGGAAAGAAGAGAAAGAGUGCAAGAUAAAUACACUCUUGAUAUACAAACUGUCAAGGUUUCAGCUUAUAAGAAGCCAACUAAUUUCAGACAAAGACCAGGCUUUUUGCCAAGGGUGCAAAGAAGGCAGACCACAUUCUUCUGAAAUUGAUUGCAGAUUAUCUUGCAAGACUCCUGCAUUCCACUUCAGCUAAAAUAAUCUAGGUACAAAAACUGUCUUCAGAGGCAAGACUUGCUAUUACAAAAGUUCACCGAGCUGGUACACAGGAAUGAAAAAGCCUGCACCCAGCGAUGCAUGUAACAAUAUAUAGAAGACAAAGCCGAAGCUACAAAGUGACAUCGUAAAAUCUUAUUCAUAAUGAAGAACACACAACAUAGAAUGCAUAUGCAUUUUUGGACAAUAAACGCUUCACAGCAUCAGUGAGCUUUGGAUCACAUAAAUACUCUUCAUGAUGGAGAAGCACAUGGUGUUUCCCUUUUCAGAUGCCUAUGCAUCUGUGUGUUCUAGAAGUGGCAAGAGCUCGGUACACUAGCAGUAAAUGUAGGGCAAUGGCUUUUCAAGGUGCGUGUUGUUUACUUCUCAAAAACAUGUUAAGAUGUUGCAAAUAAUUCCACAAUUUUUCUCAAAAUCAGAGAAACAAGUCAGAAUCAUGUGUAUAAAUAAUAAAAGUAAUGUGAGAUCCA